ACAAGUUCAAGCACGUGUAAAAAUACCAGGUGUCAUCUGUUAAUUUCAGGUUUCAUGUUUGGAUAUGAUGGAAGUUUGACACGAACACAGGGUCGACAAAAAACUUUAUGUUGAGUAAUUGUGAUACUGCAGCGGAAAGGGGAUCUUUUCGGUCCCCCAAGUCCAUUGUAGAUCUCGGGUUAUCAUGUACAGCACUAUGUUCAGAUUAAGUUUGAUCAUCUUUACAAGUUAAAGCUACCUCAAUCCGGAAUAUUUGGCAGCGGUAUGUGACCAAUUAUGAUAUGAACAUUUAAUUAUUCUGCUAAAACAUAAACGUCAACUAAGCAGUUUGACAUGACUUAUGUUAUAAAUAUUCAAGACGAAAACGAAAUGGCUGCGCAAUAUCAUAUAAGUAAUAACUCGACAAAAUCGUCCUGCUCUCAGAACGGCUCCACCCGAGGACACCACUCAAAGGCCUCGGACUCCAGCCUCGGGAUUUGGGACAUUAUUAAUCCAUACUUUCUUCAUCAAUGGAUGCCUUAUUUUUUAUUCUUGGAAGUAACGUUCAUGUAUUUUGUGGGGUGUUUCAUAGCUUUACCACGUCUAUAUCCAGAAACAGCCUACAUUCAUCAGGUGAUAGGAACUUUUUUGGUGUAUCAGAUAGUCGUGAACUGGUGGUUUAUCCAUGUGACAGACUCCAGCUUUAAUACGUCAGUGUAUCCUAAGGAGAAACUGGUACUUGGACCUUAUCCAUUUAAGGUACCGGAGAUGGUGCAACAAAAUAAACUAGUUCCAAUUAUAGAAGCUCACAUUAAAGCAGCGAGAUAUCCCUAUUGGCAGUGGGCGCCGUGUCUUGCCUGUGAACGGUGGCGCCCUCCUCGGUGUCAUCACUGCAAACUCUGUGGAAAUUGUAUCCUGAAGCGAGAUCACCACUGCUUCUUUGCACGAAACUGUGUGGGGCUUAAAAACUUGCGAUAUUUCAUUGUGUUCCUAUUUUAUGCGUGCAUUGUUACUGUCUUUACCAUUUACCAUGGCGUAACUUACCUCUGGACGUUUUAUUGGCCCGAAAUGUCGUAUCUUGAUCUUGUGCCCCUUCUUUCUUUUCUGAGGGCCAUCUUAGGAUCCAACACGACACUGUCACAGGUGGGAGUCAUGAUUAUUAUGGCAUACGGUAUGUUUGGGUUGACAUUUUUAAGUUUUAUGCAUUUUAUAGAUGCCAGCGUCUCGGUUGUGAGGGGCAAUACAGCAUUUGAAAUAGAAAAUAACAUUGAUGUAAAAGAUCCCCGGAAAUUUGCAGACAAACUCCGGUCUGUGUUUGGACCACACUGGCAGUUUGCUUUUGUUUUGCCCACCCCUUACUUCCUCAGUCCGUCCAUAGAAGACCCAUAUCACUGGAGUUCUCUUAUCCCACCCAAAAAGAGGAACCCUGUUAUUCAGUUAGUUGAUCCAUGACGUGAUGCGCAUCUUUACCGGUUAUAUCCACUUGAUUUGCUCAGAAGUUACAAAAUUGAUGUUUUUGUGACGAAAAUCGCCAAAUAUAGUUGUUAGAACACACCGUUAGAAGUUUGUGAAAUCAUGUAUUGCGCUUUGCAGUCACGCAUACGUGUAUUUCUAUUUCAAAAAAGUUGUUUUAAUAUUUUUUUGGUUGUGUAAGGUUUAUUUGUUACAGUUUCACAAUAAAACUAAAGAAAUACAA